UUUCGUCCCGAUCGGCAAUCGCUCCGGAACCGAGAGCGGCUGGAGACCGGAACGGGGCAAUCGAGCUCCCGAACCGAUCCCUUCGCGGCCGGCGCGUCGGCUUUAAUAUGCACAGAUCUGGGGCUGCCAUGGCGUGGAACGUGUUCAAGUUCUGCACGGCCCUCCGAGGCCUGGGCUCCAUCAUGAUCCUGCUGGUGCUUGGCGUCGUGGGCGUCACCUACUACGCCGUCGUCGUGGCCAACUACGGUCCUGCUCUGCUCGACGGUGGCGUUGAGUCGUUGACCGCUCUGGUCAUCUUGGUUUUGUUCCACGGCCUCUUGGUGAUGCUGUUGUGGAGUUACUUCUCGGUUGUGUUCACCGACCCGGGUAGUGUUCCGCCUAAUUGGAGGCCUAGUAUUGAUGAGGAGAGAGGGGAGUCUGAUCCGCUUACUUUACCUGAUUUGAGUGGUUUGCAAUCUGAUCCAUCCAAUCAAAGAAUCCGUUAUUGUCGAAAGUGCAACCAUUUCAAGCCACCUCGCUGUCAUCAUUGUUCUGUUUGUGGAAGGUGUAUACUCAAAAUGGAUCAUCAUUGUGUUUGGGUUGUCAACUGUGUUGGAGCAUUGAAUUACAAAUAUUUCCUUCUUUUUUUGUUCUAUACCUUCCUUGAGACAAGUGUCGUUACUUUAGCCUUACUUCCAUACUUCAUAGCAUUCUUUACUGAGGGAGAGAUACCUGGAACCCCAGGCACUCUUGCGACGACAUUUCUAUCUUUUGUUUUGAAUUUGGCAUUCGCAUUGAGCGUAUUGGGCUUCCUGAUCUUGCAUAUAUCUUUGGUUGCUGCUAACACCACCACAAUCGAGGCUUAUGAGAAGAAGACCACUCCCAAAUGGCGUUAUGACCUUGGACGGAAAAGAAAUUUCGAGCAGGUGUUUGGAACAGAUAAAUUAUACUGGUUCAUUCCAGCUUAUCUGGAGGAAGAUAGGAAGCGAAUUCCAUCUCUGCAUGGUCUUGACUACCCAGUGAGACCCGAAUUCGAUUCAGAAGCAUUCUAGGAACCAUCUCACUGUGCAUUUUCCGGGAGUAUCCAGAAAUUUGCCUCGUAAAUCUUGGGAGAUGGGUCACUUUGACAAUUGCGACCUUUCCAUUACCAAAGGAGGCUGCUGCUAAAUUUUGGCUCCAUGGUAUGUGUUUCCUGUAUUUAGACGAAGAGAGCAAGCAGGAAAGGGGGUCCUUGCCUCACGUGAAUCGAGGAGUCAUGUCGAGCCGAGCAAGAUGGAUCGAGCAUUUGAUUUGUACAUAAGGUUGUGUAGAUUCGGAAGCUUGCGAGGUAAGGAAUCCAGUGCGCAAUUUGGUCGAUGUCGAGAUGUUCCGUUCUGGUGGAUUAGAGGGCUGUUGAGUGAUGGCUGAGUUGUUUUAAGUGCUACACAAAAUUAUCUCUGAUCUCAAUCAUAUCCAUUGUGAAAUUUCAUUUCCUUUUCUAUACCAGCGGGGAAUUUCUUUACUU